AAAUGUGCCUUUACUAUUUCCAUCCUUCUCUUUUCCUCCUUGUUUUUUCAUCGGUUAUCUCUUUUCAACGCUAUCUACGCUUGUCUAUUUGGAAUUACAUUGGAGAUGUCAAAAACGUCAAAUCGGCUGGAGUGAAAAAUCGGGGCGUUUUGUACGAAAAUGAUCAAGUUACAACCGAUCCAGACGAAACAUGCUUAAACCGGCACCUUUUUCGACAUGCCCCCGUGAAAAAGGUUAUUUUUAAUCAUUCAAGAUGAAUAUCAUGCGAAAAUUACGUAGUGGGAUGUCGAACGCCCAAAAUGCGUCGAACCACGACAUCCCAGACACUGUACCAGGAUCACCACACACUCAACUGGGCUUAAUGCACUUGAAGAAGCUUUUUUCUGAGUAUAGUCAUCCAUCCCAUCCACUCUCUGAUGUCGAAAAAGACGACAAACUCUACAACAUGUUACCAUUAUUUUGUAAAGUUUUCGGGGCGAGUCCUUCUCAUGAUAUGAACGAGAAGUUUUGGGAUAUCCUCGCGUUUUGUCAACAAGUUUCUCUCUUAAUGGUCUCCGAGAUACGUAAACGCGCUUCUAAUCAAAGUACGGAAGCAGCGAGUUGUGCCAUUGCUAAGUUUUUGGAGAUUGAAAAUUGUGAGGAAUCAAGUAAUGGGUGGAUGUUGUUGUCUACCUUGAAUUUAUUGGCAGCAGGAGAUUCUAAUUUAGUACAAGUUAUGUCAGAUGUUUCAGUUCCCUCAACAUUAGUAAAAUGCUUAUAUUUAUUCUUUGAUUUACCUGAGAUGAGUGAACUUGAGGCGAAUACUAAAGAUGGAAAUAGUGAUUUUACACCCAGAGAAAGAAGGAUUUUACUUCAAAAAAUUUUUGUACAGGUAAAUUUAAAAAAAUUUAACGCCCGUAUGCAUAGUUGAUCGCUAACGACUCGCUGAAGUUUAUUUUGGUGACUCUCCAAAGAACAGUUGGAGCUUAAUUUGUAUUGCAUAGUCCAGGGAUGG